ACGGCUGUCGAAGGCCAUGACUGCACCAAUACAACUAAUGCGCGAAUUAUUGAUUGGCACAAUUGGGUACGCUCAAACGGAUUUGAGUUGUCCAGUCAAGUGAUCAACAAAAGGUUAUGCCACAAUUCGAUGUGCCAGUCAAUAAGGUCCGAGAUUGAUAGUGGCCUCGCAGGCUAUGGGUUUCUUGAUUUUUACGGCAUUGAGUGUAUUUUACUCGCCGUUUACUGUGCUUUUGCUCUUCCAGCUUUCGCCAAGCGCGACAAAACAUCAUCCAGCUCGGUCGACAUGCUUCAUGCAUCGCAAUCUAACGGUAAAUCAGGACUCUUUGAUCGCGAUUACGAGGCAAUGGAAGGCACGAAAUAUGACUUGUUUAUGGCCGCAACAUCUCUCUUUGUCGGAAUCCAGGCUAUUGUCAUCUACAGCCAAGUAAGACCCAGCGUCUACGAGUAUAGCUCAUCCUUACAACUCAUCGUCUCAGGCUCAGUUUCUGUACGCUGGCCGCAAUGCUACCACUCAUACUAG